AUGACUUCUUUACAGCAAGCGACAGGCCAUCACCACCAUCAUCAUCAUCAUCGUCAUCAACAUCAACAUCCAUAUUGUGCUGUACCACCUUUGCCAUCAACCACUACAACUACAACCACAUGUCGCUAUCAUGAAAAGGGAGCCACUACCACCAAUUCGAUCACUUUGUCGUCGUCGUCGACGUCGUCGUCAACACUUGCUGGGCCUUGUUAUUCCGGUUGUAGCUUGAAUUCCAACACGGCUCUACCUGAAUGGAAGACAACUUUGCAUCUCUCGUCGUCAUCAUUGUAUCGAGGCACUCAUGCGGGAUCCAACUCGUCGUUGCCAUUGCAUACCGAUCCUGAAAUGUACGCUCUCCGCAAUAUCUAUACGACCAGCGAGAACAAAGUGUAUGCAGCAGCGGGUAGUCAACAGAGCUAUUCUUUGUAUCAGCCGCAUUAUGGAUCAACAGCAGCAGCAGUGAUGAAGCCAUCCUCUCCUCCGGGCAACAGUCGUUUUGCAUAUGUGGAAGCAUUGGUUGAUACAAAUGCACAUGUUAUUGAGAGUAUUUGGGCGGGUACAUCAUCCAACUGGAGUCGCUCAGCUGUUGUACCACUACGCACUUUUAUUCAAGAGGUGCUCAAGCGAUCUCGAACCACUUAUUCAACUUUGCAGACAGCCUUGUUUUAUUUGUUUCGAGCACGACCUUGUAUUGUGGCCCAAUUAUAUGGAAGUAAUCGUACGACAACGACAACUGCUGUGGAUACGCCUAAUCCAGGGCAAUGGCACGACGCAUACAUUAGCUGUGGACGUCGCAUGUUUCUUGCCAGUUUGGUGGUCGCUUCCAAGUUUGUGCAGGACAAGACUUACCGCAACUCCGCUUGGGCCAAAAUUGCUGGGUUACCUGUGGCAGAGAUCAAUGCGGCCGAACGCAUCUUUUUGGACUUGAUCGAUUAUAGUUUGUACAUUGCUCAGCCUACCUUUGAACAAUGGCAUCAUUUAUUGCACCUACACGUUGAUGCUCGUGCUCACAAUCAGCCUGCUUAUUUACAAGACUUGUCUUAUUUACAUGCAUCGUUGGCACAGCAACAACAACAACAUAAGCAGCAGGAGCAACAACAACAACAACAACAUCAACAUCAUGCAACAUCCGCAGCAUUGCCACCAACACCGACAAGUCCAUCCACUUCAUUUACACGUCUAUGUUCUGGAAGAAAGCGUAGAUUGCGUGAUACACCAGCUGCUCGAUAUACCACGUACUCGUCACCUUCUACCACUUGUUCACCAGCAUCACCAGCAUCACACAUUCCCCCUGUGUUGUCAUUGUCGCUUCCUAGCUCUAGCAACUCUUCACCUAUGCAUACGCCGACACAAAUCUCUCCUGUGCGUAACUUAGCCUUCUCGUGGAAAAUGUCACCCGAAUGUACACCAACAACCAACAAGAAGCGUCGCCUUGGAGGAGAAUCCGAUUACACAUCUCACCAUGGAUACGCUGUCAGCCAUGUACGUGGUAUGAGGAUAAAGCAACAACGUGGAAUGACAUCUCAACGUCAAGAAGCGUAA